AGCCAUUGAGGGCACUUCUGGUCCAAAGGCAUCUUCACCUAAUGAAUUGUAUCUUCAAAUAGGAUUUGCAUUUCUUAUAAUUUCUUUUCAGUGAGAGCCCCUUUUUGCUGUUUCUUUUACUUUUUCCGCAGAAAUAGAUAUUUCCGAGCAAUUCACUUAAAAGUAGAAUCCUAAACCAUAAGUAAAAAAUCCUGGCUCCACCUCUGCCCGGAGCCUUUGGAAAUUGUGAUUUUACCUUCAUUGACAGAGAAUGCCUAAAGCUAGCAGUAGCAAAUCUUUUCUUUUCUUUCUAUUUGAAUAUGUCAGUAGAAAUGUGUAUCCAGACAAUCUCUGUAAUGUGGUUGUCAACUUAAUAAAGCUAAAUGCAGUACUUGUGGUAUCUGAACUCCUUACUUCCUAACCUCAUAGCUUUGUUAUUCUGUAACAAUUCAUACGCUCAUUGACAUUUGGUCCUCCAGGCACUCAUGUUUCAAAAUUCCUGAUUUUCUUCCAGCAUCUUAGAAGACCAAGUUAAGACACACAUAUCGAAACUUACUUAGGUGCAAGACAACCGUAGAAGGCAAAAGUUUAGGACAUUGACUCUUUCGAGCAAGGUCCAAAACCAUCAUACUUGAAGGGCAUAGAAGUGACAGACCAGGCUGUAGAAUACAUUAUAGCAGGACAAACACAAGGUGACAUGCUGCUUCCAGUGCCCGAAGGAGCUUUUGCUGUUAGGCUUGUGGAAGACGCAUCCAUCAAGACCAGAGUCGUGAAUGUGACUAAGGGAACUUUCUACUCUCUAUCCUUCAACUUUGCCAGGACACCAAAAUUGCUUACAACAGAACGGUUCUUUAAAGUGAGUUUCUUAAGGAGGAAGGACGAACAUAACUUUGAUUUUAACAGGUUUCUGUCACGUAUUUGGCAUUUCAAGUGGAAGAUUGCUUUAGAUGGAUGUAAAUGGACUUGCAUGACCAUUAAAAGAGAUAUUUGGGUUCUUUUCCUCGUGUCUAUGUAAUUGUAAAUGGAGUGAGGAGUAACUUUUAACUUUCUGUUCUACAUAUUGCUAUAGUUCAUUCCGGGGUUGUUCACACCCCUUAUUAAGAGACCUAGUUUUCCUACUUGACAAUGUAAAAUGUUGGGCACGGGCCAU